AGUGGCGAACGCUGACCUCGCGAAAUGGUGACGUCUGGAAGAGUGGACUGUUCAAGUGGAACUGUCGAGCUCCACAACCUUCACCGCACGAUUCGAAUAAAUGCGAUAAUUGGUGGCAGAAUCAAAACGAUUGGGAGGUCGUGGUUGUGAUCAGCAUGAUUGUGGCCUUUGCAUCGAUGUGUUUGGGAUUGGUGACAACGACUUUUCCGAGAGAGAAAUUCGUCUAUUCGUUCUCUUUCUUCUCGAUUUUAUGGACAAUUUUCUUGGGUAUUUCCGUGAUCGUCUACGGACUGAAUAACAAGGAAAUAACUUAUCACUUUGACUUUGGAGAGGGAGUGACUGAGGGAUAUGGGAUCGGAUUCUGGCUUGCACUCAUAGCAUUUCUCCUGUCGAUUGGCGUGACGAUAACGAUUCUUGUGCUUCUACUUGAUGGGAUGCUAUCUGCGAGGCUCUUCUUCAUUUGGAACAAAAAAGGAAUUCGCACAAUCGGCUUGAAAACA